AUGCCGACAGGCGAAGUGGUGCGCGUCGGCGUACUUGAUCAGGUCACCGCCGACGCAGAUCCCGAGGAACCAUGUUCAAAUUCAAGCCAACUCGAACCCGGCUUCCACAUGCAGACACCAAGGCGUGCGUCUGCAUCUUCUAUGGUGUCAGAACAGACCGGUACAACGAAUCUUACGGGCGCCCCGUCCCAAGAGUUGCCAGUCGAGUUCAAUCCACACCCUGCUGCUGCCGACACUCUGCUCCAUGCUGGUGACCACCGCGAAGACGUGGUUUCGGGGACCAAAGCACGCUCAGAUCACCAUCCAAAGUCAAUCCAAGAGCUGGACAAUGACCUUGUCGAACGGGAUCCGGGGUCCAGUGAUAUCAGAUCCACGCAGCCAGAACUCGAGACAGACGAACAACUCAAGUUCCCUGUUGUCGCAGUCGACGCCAUCAAAGACCCCGGCGCCGCCGUCGUCCCCCACUCCAGGAAAGUAAAACGGACCGUCAUCACCCGCCUCGGCCGGCGCGAGGCGGCACAGCACCGGCGGUCGCGGUUCCCCGCAGAUCCGCCUCUCGACACCUCGCUGGGUCCGCUGAACAGGGAACUCUUCGCCGCGUCGAUCAAGGCCGAGACUCUCUUCCACCGCUUCCUCCCGGAUUCCGAGCUCCUCCGCCUCGUCAACCCAGCUUCGGUGUUUCGGGAGCACAAGCGGUGCCGCAGCCGAUUCCGGCGAUGGGGACUCCGUCGUGGCCCCGGCCGCAGCGACGGGAGCUUGCACGAACUCGCCGCCGCCAUCUGCGGCGACGCGACUGAGCUCUCCAAGUCGUACCGCCGGAUAUUUGCCAUCUUGGUCAUGAUGGGCCUCCCGUGGAAGGUCCUAAACUUCAUACGCCACAGCAACACCGACGACGGGCUGCCAUACGAGGGCCGCGAGGGCAGGGGAUUCAAGGUACGGUACUACCGUCUGGUGCCGAAUAGCUAUCCCGAUAUCUCGAAGCCUCACCCUGAAUCAAAAGGCCCUGAGGGGGAGACCCAGCAACACGGCAAGGCCUUGAAGCUGAAGCGCCUUAGGAGCUUCCGUGGCUGGACACGUUCCAAAAAACGAAAGUUUGAGGGCUUGCAGUGGAUGGUGCGGGCGCCAUUCUUUGCCCGCAGGUCAGAUGCCGACAACCCGAUUCACCUCUACGAUCUUCCGGACAAAGCCAUUGUCCCAUUCACGUUGUGGCAGCGGUUUGGCGAGGGAGGCGCGGGCGAGGUAUUCAAAGUCAGAAUCCAUCCGGCACAUCACGGUUUCGAACGCAAGGGUACCAAGCUCGAUCAGAACGACAGCCUAUUCGCCGUAAAGCGUCUAUUCUGUCCCGACAUGGACACUAUCCGCGCGGAAACGCGCAUGUUCAAGCUCCUCAGCCGCGAGGACCACCCGCACCUCAACUCGCUCCUAACAACAUACACUCAGGACGCACAGUUCCACCUCGUCUUCCAUUGGGCCGAGUGGGACCUGUGGAAGUACUGGCAGAACCACGACCCACGCUCCUCUACCUUCACCAAGUACGGCGGCAGCGCGGGCGACUCCUCGACAGCCCUCUGGCUCGCCCGAGAAUGUGCUGGGCUCGCCAGUGGCCUCCUGAAGAUCCACGGGCCCCACGACCCAGCCUCUUUCGCGCACCAAGACUCCUUCGGCGUAGACGUCGCCCAGAUGACAGCCGCCGAGACCGCAGACGCAGCAGCAGCCGGGCCGCCGCCCCCAAGGCUGUGCCACCACGGCGACAUCAAGGCCAUCAACAUCCUGCUCUUCCCCCGGGACGGCACCCAGCUUGUACCUGCCCUACCUGGCCUCCCGCCGCCCGAGCCCCGGCAUGCGGGCUGGACGCUCAAGAUCUCCGACUUUGGGCUCGCGGGCUUCCGCAAGCCCGGCGCGGCGCGCACGGGCGGGACGGCCUGGACGCCCAAGUACAUCCCGCCGGAGUGGGUGACGCGGCCCGAGAGCGUCGAGAAGCCGGCGUGCGACAUCUGGGCGCUGGGAUGUGUCUUUCUCCAGUUCAUCGGCUGGUAUCUUGGCGGGUUCAAGCUGGUGGAACACUUUGAGGAUGCGAGGAAGGACGAGGAUGGGACGAUUCGCUUCUAUCGGCUCCCUGCCGGGCCAGAGGUUAUAGAAGGGGGUGGGGCUGUAUCGGCCUCGGUGAAGGGAUCUGUUACAGAGGUGAGGCAAGCCCCUGGGUACGAGCGGGAACAUGUUAGGGCGCAGUGA